AUGGCAUUCAUUUCGUUCUUCAGACUGCAAAACCCUUGUUUCAAUAAAUAUGCUCUGCCCGUUAAAUUAUUAACCCCGCCUACUGGGACUGCUGAGACUGCUCUCUGGGAUUGCUUGGGAUACUUUCUGGGACUGCUGGGACCGCUUUGGGACUGCUCUGGGACCGCCCUUGGACUGCUUUGGGACUGCUGUGGGACCGCUGUGGGACUGCUUUACCAAUCCCAAAGCAGUCCCAGAAAGCAGUUCCAGGGACUGCUCUGGGGCUGCUUUCUGUCAGGGCCGGGUCGCAGGGAGUUAGAUCUACUUCAAAAGAGGAGGAAGGUAACCAAAAAACAAGAGACUCUCUUAGACGGUGCUCAAGCAGAAAGACGAUCCAUCGUCUUGAUGGAAAUUCAAAUGAAAAGCAGUGGGGAACCCGUUGUGACAGUGACGCUAUUUGUGAAGAGCCUGAACCGUACCAAAACGGAAAAUGCUGUGAGAUACCUUGUGAUAAUUUUCACAAGGUUUGCCGGUACCCAACAGAUGAUUUCAGAAAUUCUUUUAUUACAGCGUACUAUUGGUCAAAAUAACUUAUUGAUCAAGUGCUCAUACGACGAAUUGAAUGAAACUUUCUUUUUAUCUCGAAAAUUGAAGAAAUAA